GUUAGUAUCCUAAAUACAACGCUGUUGCACAAACUGUAAUUUACUGUGAUUUCACUUUGAAAGACCAAUCAAGUGAGGAUGAGGAUGCCAAGUAAAAACAGCGCAUCUUUUCUUCUUUUAGUCCGCGGUCUCUUUAAAUCUGUAUCUGCCCGUAUACUUUUCCUUUUACAUGGAGGGUGGGAGGUUUCUGAGUCGAGGCAAGCCCUUGUGCUGCUUCAAACGGACCCCAGAAAUGAGUCAGCGUGCUUGCUACCAGGUGCACCUACAGUACAGAAUUGACCAUUCAGAAUGGAUCCUUGAGUGUCGCAGCAGCGUCUUUACGAGUCGUCUGAAUUAAGCACACCAUAUUAACUGCCAUGGAUGUUGCUUUUCCUUAACGCCAUGGAGUUAUGGAUUACAGAAAUCUACUUGUCCACUGAAGGAUUUUGCAAUAAGUUUGAAACCGCAUAUAAUGUGUUAAAUGUUGGGGAGACCCCGUCCCCCGUUGUCCUGUCAAAGCCUGGAUUAGGGAUUUAAAGAAAGGCUUCUGCGGCAAUAUCUCGCGGAGGGGAGCUGUGCGCUGGACUGUUUUGUCAUUCCUUAUCCGUUCCACACUGUCUUCCUGGGAUUAAUUUGAUUUUAUGGGUAUCCCGUGUUUGAGUGCAUAGAUUAUGCAUUCUCAAAAAUGGGUGCGAACAAUGGGAAACGGUAUGGAAGUGAGGGUAAAGGCAGCUCUAGCAUCUCCUCCGACGUGAGUUCAAGCACGGAUCACACGCCCACUAAAGCUCCAAAGAAUGCGGCUACCAGUGAAGACUCAGACCUGAGUAUGCGGACACUGAGCACGCCCAGCCCUGCUCUUAUAAUGCCACCCAGCUCCUCCCCCCUGUCACCGGCGGUGACCAAUGGCAGUGGCUCCUCCACCUCCUCCUCUAUUACUGGAGAGACCGUGGCGAUAGUACACGCCCCACCCAGCAGCAUGACCCAUGCCAAGAAACAAUCCCACCCACCUAAGGUCCAGCAAGCAGCCAUUGACCUCCUCCCAGACCACGCCUUCCUGCAGAUCUUUUCCCACUUGCCCACCAAUCAGCUGUGCCGUUGUGCAAGGGUGUGCCGCCGCUGGUACAACCUGGCCUGGGACCCCCGGCUGUGGAGGACGAUCCGGCUGACGGGCGACCUGUUGAACGCGGACCGCUCCCUGCGGGUGUUGACCCGCCGGCUGUGCCAGGACACGCCCAACGUGUGCCUGAUGCUGGAGACCGUGGUGGUCAGCGGCUGCCGUCGGCUCAGCGACCGCGGGCUGUACGCGGUGGCGCAGUGCUGCCCGGAGCUGCGCCGCCUGGAGGUGGCCGGCUGCUACAACAUCUCAAACGAGGCCGUGUUUGAGGUGGUGUCCCGCUGCCCCAACCUGGAACACUUGGACCUGUCAGGCUGCUCCAAAGUGAACUGCAUCAGCCUGACGCGAGAGGUAUCGCUCAAGCUGUCGCCCAUGCAUGGCCAGCAGGUCUCUAUCCGCUACCUGGACAUGACGGACUGCUUCGCCCUGGAGGACGAGGGCCUGCACACCAUCGCCGCGCACUGCACUCAGCUGACGCACCUGUACCUGCGCCGCUGCGUCCGGCUGACCGACGAGGCGCUGCGCUACCUGGUCCUCUACUGCCCGGGCCUGCGGGAGCUGAGCGUCAGCGACUGCCGCUUCGUCAGCGACUUCGGCCUACGCGAGAUCGCCAAGCUGGAGGGGCGCCUGCGCUACCUGAGCGUGGCGCACUGCGGGCGCAUCACCGACGUGGGCGUGCGCUACGUGGCCAAGUACUGCGGCCGGCUACGCUACCUCAACGCCCGCGGCUGCGAGGGCCUGACAGACCACGGCCUGGGGCACCUGGCCCGGAACUGCCCCAAGCUCAAGUCGCUGGACGUGGGCAAGUGCCCGCUGGUGUCGGACGCCGGGCUGGAGCUGCUGGCACUCAACUGCUUCAGCCUGAAGCGCCUGAGCCUCAAGUCGUGCGAGAGCGUCACGGGCCGCGGCCUGCAGGUGCUGGCCGCCAACUGCUUCGACCUGCAGCUGCUCAACGUGCAGGACUGCGACGUGCCACUGGAGGCGCUGCGCUUCAUCAAGCGCCACUGCAAGCGCUGCGUCAUCGAGCACACCAACCCCGCCUUCUUCUGAGAAGAGGAAGGGCGAGGGGGUUACCGGGGGAACAACCACCGCUACAUCUUGUUAUUCAGUACCGGUAAUGGGAGGGUGCUGUGGGACGGAUGGUGAAAAGGUGUGCAACGUUAACCUUUUGUUUUAUAUGUGCAUGACAGGUAAAAAAUCCUGCUGUUUUGGAUUCACCUUCAUGAAAUAAAUAUUUAUCUGAAAAAAGGGAUGUGCUACUAGUGUAUUAUAAUAGUUCAUUAUCCCUAUCAGACCCUGCCUUUAUAUGAUCUUUCCACACUUAUGCUGUGUAUAAGCACAUGAUCAUCGUUCUAUUUCAGUGCACUGGUCUUAUUUUAUUGUGCAUAUUGUUUAUUGAGAUUGUAAAUAUUAUUUUUUCAUGCACAUUAUGGCCCACCCAUGUAAAGCUAUCCACAUUAAAGUGUUUUAAUAUAAGUUAAAAUGUUAAAUAAUUACUGUAAUAUAGACAUUACAUAAUACUGACUGAUGGGAUGCUUGUCUUCUUUAGCCUUCAACUGUAAUACCAUUCUUUUAUCCACCUUCAUUAAGCAUACAGUAGAUGAGCAGAAAUAUUCCCUAAGCCUUUUUUGAAUAUAUCUCUUCACCUUAGAAUGAAGGUGCAAACAUCAUCACAGGUCUAAUGUAACCUUAGCUUCUCUUCAGUUUCUUUUAGUUAACUCUACUCUAGUAACUCUAUUUAUUUAAGCACCACUAAAAUAAGGUCAGAUUACACAUUUCAGAGGGAAAUUUAAUGAAAAGCUAUUUCAGUUUCAUUAAAUCAUUAUACUAUUUUGCACCCUUUAAUUCUAGAUAGUCAACAAAGCACUAUGUGUAACUCACUGGUAAAUAUGAAUAGCCAUGUCAACCAUAUCAUAUUGAACCUGUACAGUAAAAUGUAUAUAUUUAUUAAAAUACUCCGCACCUUUGCAAGAGUGUUCAGUCAGUUCAAUAAGUAUGUAGUGUUUUGUUACUCUCCUCCCUGAAGUUAGUUGGACCCAAUCAUUUCUCAGGGUUUGACUCACACUGCUUCUCAGAAGUCACUGAAUAUAAUAUAUUGAUAGUACUUUACUCAAAACAGUGGACACUGAACAUGUAUGUCAAUUUCCAAGCUUAAUCUUGAAGCUGAAACCAGGAAUGUGUGCAUUCCAUUUUUAUUCUGUUAAAUAUUGGGAAUGCAAAACUGUAUAAUGUAAAUUUGUUAUUUUUUCUUCAUGUCACUUUUGUUCAAAUGGAGAUCUUUACUUUGCCAGCUUCACCGACAACCACAUUUAUUGUGUUCAAUUUACAUUGACAGCUUUCAGUUUUGUUAUGCAAAAAGCAGCAUCUGACAAUGUCAUAAAUAAAGGCUGAACCAAAAAAAAAAAAAAAAAAACAUUUGGAUGGAUUUUGCUUUGGAAAUGUGUAUCUGCUACAAUUAUUUUAAUAACAAGCAUUGCUUUUGGUUAAUUGGUUUUGGUUAAUUAUUAAACAUCUCACCAAAUGGGAACUAUAUUUAUGCACAUAUCCUGUGGUUAAAAUUGUUGAUCUGUAACAGGGUAUUUCAUUUGUUGAACAAUAUAAUUAUAUGGCACAGUAAAAUUAUUUUAACUGCUUGUUGCCCAGAUUAUGUAUUCUUAUCUGCUAAACAAGAAAGCUCUUUUACCAUUGGGUGGUGAUGUUAAAGUUCCAAGUUGAUUUAGCAGUUGUUUCUCAGUGGAUAUGUUGUUUAAUAUGGCAAUAAUGAGGUUAAUCAGGUAUAUCUAUCCCUUUUAUUUAACUCUAUACUCUAAGACAGGGAUAUCAAUCGGAUAGGAUAUAGAUCCCCUGGCUCGGUAACCCUCGACAGGAGACCAAUGCAUUGGACACAUGCAACAAGGGAAAAUUCUAGUUUUAGAGACUACUGCUAAAUUAGACAGCAUUAAAAUGAACUGAAAUAGGAAGCUGGAGUUAGUGCCGCUGAAAAUCCACAAGGAAAUGGGGAGGAGACGUUUAAAUCCAAGCACUCUGAAGCUCAAGAACUACGAGGUGACAGUGCCACCUACCUUCCCAAAAGGCUGCCUGCAAAGAAAAAUGUUGGUUUUCAUUCAAAAAUUAAAUACAUUAAGAAUCUUUUUAAAUGGCAAUCAUGUCUUAUUUAUGUACAGGGCCAGAUUACAAUGCUUUGUUCUGCAUUUGCAACCUC